AUGAGAAAAGAAAUCCUAUCAACUAACUUACUUGCAUUCUUUGCUCUGUUGAUCUUUUCAUUCACUGGUGAAAUUGAAACACGAUCACUUCAGCAAAUUUGUUCUUCUUCGUGUGGGAGUAUCCGAAACAUCAGCUACCCUUUUCGUUUAAAGGGUGAUCCACCAAGCUGUGGCGAUUCAGAUUACGAACUUGCAUGCGAGAACAACGUAACAAUCUUGGAAUUUCAUUCAGGGAAGUAUUAUGUGAAGCAAAUUUCAUACGAAAUGCGGACAAUUCGAGUUGUUGAUGUUAAUUUUUCCAAUGGAACAUGUAAUUUGCCCUACAAAUCUGUGUCAUUUGAAGAAGUAGAAGGUGACAUUCGUUACCAAGGAAGAUUUCUACAGACGUAUGCGAGUUUCAUGAACUGCUCUACAAUUAUCAGUGACCCAGCUUACAGAAGACUUCCUUGUUUGGGUGGAAAUGGAAACACAACACAUUUUUACGUUAUCUACAAUAGCUUCAGACUCUCCGAUCUUCCUUCUGUUUGCGAUUUUGUCUCAACGACUCCUCUAGCUUUUUCAAAUGUGAGACACCCUUCUUAUGAGGCUAUUUUGAGUUUACUGGAAUCCGGGUUUGUUUUGGAAUGGUCAGUUGAGUGCCGAGAUUGCCUGUUGUCCAAUUCUACAUGCGCAAUAAGUACAUAUGAGUUACCAUUCAAUUACCAUUGCUCUAAAUCUGAUAGUGUCGUCCUCAUAGUGACUCAAGUUUUCUUCUCCUUUGCUGUUAGCAUUUUAAUUG